AUGGGCUCCGUGUCCUCCGCGCUGGCGCGGUCCCGCAGCGCCGUGGAGCAGUUGGGCUCGUCGCACCGCAGCCGGAGGCGCCACCGGCGGCUGCCGCUGCUCGCAGGUUCCCGUUUGCGCUCCCCAAGACUCGGAGGCUUGGACCCGGACGCGGAGAGACGCCCGCCCCUCCCGCAGCCAGGAAGGCUCAGCCCGCAGCGGGGACCCGGGAAAGGCGCGAGGUUGGCCAGCCCGGAGCUGUCCCCGGUGCUGAAGCGUGCGGAGGGCACGUCCCAGCCCGACGGGCCCGGAGGCCGCCGCGCCUUGGAGGCAGGAGCCAGGAGGACGGAGGCGGCCGAGGAGCUGGACCGCCCCGGGGAGAACGGCGGGACCCUGGAGGGCGCAGGAGAGCAAGUUGCCAACGAAGCUGGAGACAAGCCUGCCCGACCACUUGCCCGCUUCUCCCGGUCUAAGUCGCAGAACUGUGUGUGGAAUUCCCUCAUCGACGGGCUCACUGGGGAUGUCAAGGAGAAGCCGCGGCCAACGAUUGUUCAUGACCCUCGACCACCGGAAGAAAUCCUAGCCGAGGAAUUGCCCCAGCUGGAUAGCCCGGAAGCCUUGGUGAAGACAUCCUUCAGGUUACGGUCUUUGGUCAAACAAUUAGAGAGAGGGGAGGCUUCAGUGGUAGAUCUUAAGAAGAAUUUGGAAUAUGCGGCCACAGUGCUUGAGUCUGUGUACAUCGAUGAAACCAGGCGGCUGCUGGACACGGAGGACGAGCUCAGUGACAUCCAGUCGGAUGCGGUGCCUUCUGAGGUCCGAGACUGGCUGGCCUCCACCUUCACGCGGCAGAUGGGGAUGAUGCUCAGGAGGAGCGAGGAGAAGCCGCGGUUCAAGAGCAUCGUGCAUGCAGUGCAGGCGGGGAUAUUUGUGGAGAGAAUGUACAGACGGACAUCAAACAUGGUUGGACUGAGCUACCCACCAGCAGUUAUAGAAGCACUAAAGGAUGUGGACAAGUGGUCCUUUGAUGUCUUUUCCCUCAACGAAGCCAGCGGGGACCAUGCAUUGAAAUUCAUUUUCUAUGAAUUACUCACACGCUACGAUCUGAUCAGCCGUUUCAAGAUCCCCAUCUCUGCACUCGUCUCAUUUGUGGAGGCCCUGGAAGUGGGGUACAGCAAACACAAAAACCCUUACCACAAUUUAAUGCAUGCUGCCGACGUCACCCAGACCGUGCAUUACCUACUCUAUAAGACAGGCGUCGUGAACUGGCUGACGGAGCUGGAGAUUUUUGCUAUCAUCUUCUCAGCUGCCAUCCAUGACUACGAGCACACCGGGACCACCAACAACUUCCACAUUCAGACCCGGUCUGACCCAGCUAUUCUGUACAACGAUCGGUCUGUGUUGGAAAAUCACCACUUGAGUGCGGCGUACCGCCUUCUGCAAGAAGACGAGGAAAUGAAUAUCUUGGUCAACCUCUCCAAGGAUGACUGGAGGGAAUUUCGGACCUUGGUGAUUGAGAUGGUCAUGGCCACAGACAUGUCCUGCCAUUUCCAGCAAAUCAAAGCCAUGAAGACGGCUCUGCAGCAGCCAGAAGCGAUUGAAAAGCCAAAAGCUUUAUCCCUGAUGUUGCACACGGCAGACAUUAGCCACCCAGCAAAAGCAUGGGAGCUCCACCAUCGCUGGACCAUGCUGCUCCUGGAGGAAUUCUUCAGACAGGGUGACAGAGAAGCAGAGUUGGGGCUGCCUUUUUCACCUCUGUGUGACCGGAAGUCCACCAUGGUUGCUCAGUCACAAGUAGGCUUUAUCGAUUUCAUUGUGGAACCCACCUUCACUGUGCUCACAGACAUGACUGAAAAGAUCGUGAAUCCAUUAAUUGAUGAAACCUCCCAAGCUGGUGGAACAGGACAGAGACGUUCAAGUUUGAACAGCCUCAGUUCAGCAGAUGCAAAACGAUCGGGUGUCAAGAGCGCUGGCUCUGAAGGAAGUACCCCAAUCAACAAUUCCGUCAUCCCUGUUGACUGUAAGAACUUUAAAACCACGUGGACUGAGGUCGUGCACGUCAAUCGGGAGCGAUGGAGGGCCAAGGUGCCCAAAGAGGAGAAGGCCAAGAAGGAAGCCGAGGAGAAGGCCCGCCUGGCGGCAGAGGAGAAGCAAAAGGAAGCGGAAGCCAAGAACCAGGCAGAGGAUGGUGCAGCAGGCGGCGCAGAGAAGAAGACGUCGGGGGCAGCUCAGAGUCAAGUCAAUGGGACGCGCCCCAGCAAAAGCGACAACUCUCGUGGGAAAAACUCGAAAACCGAGAAAUCAUCAGGGGAAAAGCAACAGAAUGGUGAGUUGAAAGAUGGUAAAAAUAAGGCAGACAAGAAGGAUCAAUCCAAUGUCGGAAAUUAUUCAAAGAAAACAGAUGGCACAAAGAAGCACCCUCACGGCUCCCCAGCCCCAAGCACCAGCUCCACAAGUCGCCUCACCUUGCCAGUCAUCAAGCCACCUCUGCGCCACUUUAAACGCCCUGCUUACGCAUCCAGCUCCUACGCACCUUCCAUCCCAAAGAAAACCGAGGAGCAUCCUGCAAAGUACAAGAUGCUGGAUCAGAGGAUCAAAAUGAAAAAGAUUCAGAACAUCUCACACAACUGGAACCGGAAGUAG